AUGGCGGAGUCAAGAGAGUAUAGAAGUAAAGCAACAAUAUCUCCGGCCUGUAACCGGAGGCUCCGAGCGUGUUGGUCGUUGAUUCGUCAGGGCUCAUUCGUCCUUGUGGCCCGUGAACCCACCUCGUCUCGCGAAAGGUGUUGCUUGCCGAAUGAAUCGCGGCAAAUUAAAUUUUGGCCGUCCGAGGCUUGCCACGCAAGGCCUGACCCAACAAAGAGAGAUCUUGAUGAACAGUUCUCCGCGGUCACCAUCGGCUGCAAGAAAACUUUCCUGUUCCAGCUGGAUGAUUCGGAGGUUAAGAAUUAG